UGGAGAGGCCUCCCACGGAGGCAACGGCUGCGCAAAAGCGAAAGGAAAGGCCAGUGGAGGAAGAGGACGCUAAGCUCGGGGACGGAGCACAAGAAAGCAGCUGCACCACCACAGGCAAGCGCGCCAGGAGAGGAACAAGAACGGAUGAAGAAGAAGCUCUGGCGACCCGCGUGGUGCCAUGGCCGGGGCUGGGGGCUGCUGGAGAGCCUGGACCCGGACACGGGCCUAUGUGUGCUCAGCUUCCUCGACACGGAGGACCUCGUGCGCCAGCGCGCCGUGAGCCGCCGCUGGGGCGACCUCGCCUCCGCCGACUGCCUGUGGAAGCCGCGCUUCCUCAGCCUCUACGGCCCGCCCUUCCUCAACGGCAAGGAGGAGGGGAAGGCGUGGUUCGGCCGCUACGCGGAGGUGAGUCGUGGAAUGCUGAGAAUGCCGCGCGACCAGGACGCCCGAUUCCCAAGCACGCUCACCGACUGGGAGUCGGUGUGGGAGGGGGACCCGGCCGCGGACGAGGACGAGGACGGCGAGUUCGAGAUCACGGACGCCCAGUUCAGCGUCGUGGCUCUGCCCCACCUGCACCACCAAUCCGAGGUGGGUUUGCGCCACCACCGCAUGGCCCUCCACUUGGCCUUCCUCCACACGAAUGGACACGUGCCCCGGCUGACCGACCGGGUGAGAAUCGGGACCACAACCAAGCACGCGACCAUCACCCUCGCCCGCUUCUGCUACGCCGUUUCUAACAAGAAGCGGAGUGAGUUGCUGGAGCAGCUGGGCCUCCCAAGCGUAGGGGACGAGAAGAAGGACGAGAUUUACCUCUCACCGGACGUGGGCGAAGAGUCCGAUUUCAAGCCGUUCGUGCGCCUCCGGAUUCCGCCCCCCGCUACCACCUUCGCGCCUGGCGAACGUCCCAUCUACAGCUUCGUUGACGAGCACGCCGAAACGUUUGGUCGACCUGACGACCUCGGAAUCGGUUAUCAGUUCGACAGCGAUAAGAGGCGAGGGUGGGCGCCGGGCUUCUUCAACGCGUCGUUCGCGUGGUACUCGUACGGGUGCUUCACCACCCUCCACAACACCGCGCGCCGAGAGAUCUUCGUGAUCAAGACCCGCGAGAGGAAGGCCAUUUGGUGA